AUGGCCGAAAAUAAUACCUGCACGAUGGAGAAAGAUGCCGCAGUUGUUACCAAUUCAAACCCUACAACUGGGGUGUUUCUCUCACUGAGGACAAAUCCCCCGGCGGAUGAUGGUGAUGAUGACAAUGCAGAGGAACACUCAACGCCACACGGUCGACCCAAAUCUGAUAUCAUUCCUAGAUCGACCGUAGAGAAGUGGUUCAACGCCAAUGACCAGUCGAUAUCUCAAUUAAAAACAUUACAAGAUCAAGCAUCCAAGGCUUUCGAAGUUGCGAAAUUUGACUGGAGGGAUAACAUAGUUGAUAUCAUUAACUGCCUUUAUGAACAAAUGGCUGGGUUACGCAAACUCAAUAGCGAAAUAGCCGAGUCGCUCUAUGAAGAGAAAAGGGAUAUGCGGACCUCUGUCCCGGAGAUCCAUCGUUCCAGUUGGGGCGAAACGGCCAUCUCCUCCAGUUUCUCGACCAAGUAUUUCUCCCUUGAGAUCCCGAAUACCGAGCCCUCAGUGGGCGAUAUCAUAUUCAUGCGCCGCAACCGCUGGUCAAAUGCUGCCUUCAGCAAAGAAUCAAGUGACCCUCUUCCGCUAACUACGCUACCGGAACGAAUCAAGAUCAACUCGAAGCGGUUGAUGAGCUUUUUCAAUCACGAAUUUUGCAAUGGGGCUCUGGAUUAUGACACUACAAAUCCCCUAAAGUUUCUUCGGCCCUUCAAAUCAUUGGUUUAUCUCGAAAAGAAAAUUCGGGCCAGGUUGACAGAAUUGGAAACUGCUUUGAAGCAAAGGCAGGACUAUUCAGAAGGGGGUAUGCAAGUCAUGGAGAAAUCUACCGUAGAAGACAAUUUCUAUAAGGGUGCAGUCGAGGAUCCGUCGUCGUUGGGUCUCUUCGAGCUCACCGCAUUGAUCAUGGAUCUCCGAUGCCUGACGCGAUUUAUGGAUGAGACCCUUGGUCCAGCCCAGGCGAGCCUAGCUGCUGCACCGGAGAUGGUGCGAUUCGUCGAUCUCUGGUUUCUCUUUGCGCAAGGAACGCUGGUGUACAUCAGAAACAGCAAUGCUCCCCAAAAGAUCUGGAAGGUGGUGCAGCGAACGGGGGGCCGCCGCUACCUGAGCGAGUCGGGUCGCACCAACGAUCUAACCACUGGCACAUGGGCUCCCUUUGUGCUGGACUGCUUCUAUGUAGACUUUGAUGGGACCAAGUUCAUUCCCGUCUUUCACCAAGUGAGAAUAAACGGGUUCGAUGGCACCCAAGCCGUCAAGUCCCUCCCUGUUCUCCCGUUCGCUGUCGCGGAAAAGGAAGGUUUCACAGACCGAGAGUACCUGAUGGCCCGAGGGAGGCAAUUCUUUGAUUGCACGAAAAGGUUUCACCAUUUGGAUUACACUGGCCGGUGCCACUACUUGACUCCCGCAGGGCGAAAGCUGACAGAGCUAGUCGACGAAAUUCCCCGUAGCGCUUCCUUCUACUCCGAACACAUCGACAGCGAUGUGAUCGUAGACUUUGCACGCGCGUUGGAGGAGAUCCCGUGGUGGCGCCCGAUGACCGGUGAACAUGACUUUGGCGCUACCGACAGUGCUGAGACCGAAGGAGGACCCGGAGUCGAGAAUGAUGAAGCCUGGGAUAAACGAUUCACGGAUGACUAUAUGGAAGGCCAGGCUCAAGUUUGGGAAUCCUGGGUCAAAGUUGGAGGUGGCCCAGCUGAUGAUGACUUGUUGAUCCUUCCUGACAGGGUCUUUGCCUUUGUGCUUUCGACCAGGCGAUGGGCUUGUCUCCAGAUUGGACGAGGGCCAAAUGGGACUGAACAACUGCGCCAGAGGGAAGCCAAAGGCGACCCAUGGCUAAAACUACGCCUUCCGGAAGGCCACAAGGACAUGGUUCAGUCCUUAAUUCACGCGCAUUUUGCCCGACAAACGUCUAAUGGGGUCCAUUUUGACCUGCUCAGGAACAAGGGGAAUGGAGUGACAAUCCUAUUACACGGAGUACCCGGAGUAGGGAAGACAUCUACGGCUGAAUGUGCUGCCAUAAGUACCAGUAGACCUCUACUGCCUGUCACAUGUGGAGAUCUUGGACUCACCGCUAGCGAUGUGGAAGAAAGACUCAAAGAAAUCUUUCGACUCGCUCAGGAUUGGAAGUGCAUCAUGCUUCUUGAUGAAGCCGAUGUGUUCUUAACUCAACGCCGGGCAUUUGACGCCGAGAGAAAUGCCCUCGUCUCAGUUUUCCUUCGUACAUUGGAAUACUAUGAGGGGAUAUUGUUCCUCACCACCAACCGAGUGGGAACCUUUGAUGAAGCCUUCAAGUCUCGCAUUCACAUGUCUCUCUACUACCCGUCCUUAGACUGGCCCCCCACCCACGAUAUUUGGUCUGGCCACAUCGAUGAAGCGGUCCGCGCGGGAAUCGUAGUCAACAAGGAAUCCUUGCUCCAAUAUGCGAAGAGAAUAUUCGAACGCCAGCAGCUUCCAGGAUCGGGUCCUGUUUGGAACGGCCGGCAGAUUCGCAAUGCCUUCCAAAGUGCCCUUGCGCUGGCCACAUACAACUGUCACAACAAGGAUUCCAAAAUCGAGCUCAGCACGAUGUAUUUUGAGAAGGUUUUCGAAUUGUCGGAUAAGUUUAGCAAUUAUAUAUGGAGUACCCAAAAUAUGCAAGACGAUGCGGAGCGAAACCGCAACUCCAUGGUCCGACGAGACGAUUUUAGCUAUAACGCAUUUGGAGGGCUCUACUCGCAGCCUCCUCCGCAAGGCACCACCUUUCAGCCAGCAAACCCCCAAGGAGGUUUCCUUCAAUCAGCAUCCCCACCAUUCGGACACCAAGCCACACAUCAAAUGGGAGGCCUGGGCGGCGGCCAGACCUAUAUGGGAAACGCUCAGAACUUCCAGGCCAGUAUGCAGCCCAUGCCUAACCCAGUGGGUCAGCAACUUGGUCAGCCAUUCCAACAGCAGCAACAGCAGCAACAGCUAAGCUCACAAUCCACCCUGCAACCACAAUACCAUGUGUUCAGCAACGGCAGUACCAAUAAUAGCUAUGGCUUGCAACAGUUGCAGCAGCAGCAACCUCAACAGCAGCAGCAGCAGCAGCCAAGUCCACAGUUGACCCUGCAAUCCCACCCUCAUAUAUCAAGCAACAGCGGAAACAGCGACAACUAUACCUUGCAGCAAUUGCAACCACCACAGCAGCAACCGCAGCAAGCUCAAUUCCUCUCGCAACCUGGUACCAUGGCAUCACUUACGCAAACUACAACAUCACAGUCCGCAUUGCCGACAUUCGGUCAGGGUCAGCCCUUUGGCCAUUCGUAA